UUCGCUCGCUUCCGCCGAGAUGGGGAGGAAGCUCGAAUCCACCGCCGGAGAAGAAGCCCUAGAAGUGGCAAAUGUCAAUGGCUUCGAUGAUCCAGAGAACAAGAUCAAGAAGAAGAAGAAGAAGGACAAGGGCAACAACCUCUGCGAAUCCGAGAACGGGGAUGAUUCGAAAUCCAAGAGCAAGACGAAGCGAAAGCAUAAGGAUUCAAGUGAGCAAUCCGAUGGGAAAAUCUUAAAAGAACGCGAGAAGGAGGGGAAGAAGAAGAAGAAGGAUGGUGUGAAUGAGUUAAAGGAGGCGGGAGAAGGGGAGAAGGUUGAGGGUGGAGUGGUUGUUACCGGGAAUAAGACCAAGGAUUCGAAGUAUAAGGCUUUGAAUUCGUUCGCGGAGUCUGGGCUCCCUGCGGAGGUUCUUGAUUGCUGCAAAAGCUUCAGCAAGCCAUCGCCGAUUCAGUCUCAUGCUUGGCCUUUCCUCUUGGAUGGCAGAGAUUUCAUUGGGAUUGCUGCCACUGGCUCCGGUAAAACUGUGGCAUUUGGUGUACCAGCCCUUAUGCAUAUCUUACAGAAGAAGAAAAAGAAAACAUCAACUAAGGUGGUUCCUCGCUGCCUUGUCCUCUCACCUACGAGGGAACUCGCUCAGCAAAUUGCAGAUGUUUUAUGUGAUGCUGGUUCUCCUUGUGGACUUGAAACAGUUUGUUUGUAUGGUGGAACUUCCAAAGGACCACAGAUUUCCUCUCUAAAGUCUGGAGUUGACAUCGUUAUUGGUACCCCUGGUCGAAUGAAGGAUCUAAUUGAAAUGGGUAUUUGCAAUUUAGGAGAUGUGUCUUUUGUGGUUCUUGAUGAGGCCGAUCGCAUGCUUGACAUGGGAUUUGAACCAGAAGUUCGCUCCAUACUUAGUCAAACAUCCUCUGCCCGUCAGAUGGUAAUGUUCAGUGCAACAUGGCCUCUCGCUGUUCACCAGUUAGCACAAGAGUUUAUGGAUCCGGAUCCGGUGAAGGUGGUCAUUGGGUCGGAGGACCUGGCAGCAAAUCAUGAUGUAAUGCAGAUUGUUGAGGUCUUGGAUGAUCGAUCGCGAGAUGCACGCUUAGUUGCAUUAUUAGAAAAGUACCAUCAGUCGCAGAGAAACAGAGUUUUGGUUUUUGUCUUGUACAAGAAGGAAGCUGCUCGAGUUGAGACCAUGCUCCAACGAAGAGGCUGGAAGGCUGUUUCUGUCCAUGGUGACAAAUCUCAACAUGAUCGAACUAAAGCAUUGGCAUUAUUUAAGGAGGGGAAAUGCCCUUUAAUGAUUGCUACUGAUGUAGCUUCUCGGGGAUUAGACAUUCCUGAUGUUGAAGUUGUGAUCAACUAUAGCUUUCCGCUAACCACUGAAGAUUAUGUCCAUAGAAUAGGGAGGACUGGACGUGCUGGAAAGAAAGGAGUCGCACAUACUUUCUUCACACAGGAAAAUAAGGCCCUUGCGGGGGAACUGGUGAAUGUUCUUCGAGAAGCUGGGCAGGUUGUUCCAGAAGCUCUCACUAAAUUUGGAACCCAUGUGAAGAAAAAGGAAUCCAAACUAUAUGGAUCUCAUUUUAAAGAGAUCAAGGCUGAUGCUCCCAAAUCCACAAAAAUCACCUUUGCUAAUUCUGAUGAUGAAGAGUGAUUGAUUAUUAAUGAUUAUAAGGUCUAUUAUUAUGGCCUUAUGAUGAUUUAAUGUAUUUUCUUUCUUUCUUUUUUUGGUUGGCUCUAAAAGAAAUUUUUUGAGCUUUGUCUACCGACACUAAAUGAUACCACAAUUUUAGACGUAUAUUAUAUUUCUUAAGAGCAAAUUAUGCUAGUCAUCAUCAGCAAAGUUUGUGUUUUACCCCUUGAAUUAGUACUUGUAUUUAUUUGCAUUGAUAUUUGUUUUGACACUGAAUGUAUUAUGGGCUUUCAUAACAAAUUAAAACU